CGGCAGAAGGCGGGCCUUUCGGGACUGCGCAGGCGCUGGUGCCUACCCGGGUUUCCAAGAUGUCUAAGUACGUCCCAUCUCGGCUGGCGUCCUUGCCCCAGACCCUCGAUCACGCCGAAUACGACACGUCAUCCGAGGUCCGGCGGGCGCAGAUCGAGCGUCUGGCCAUCCGCGCCCGCCUCAAGCGCCAGUACCUUCUGCAGUACGACAACCCUCACCGCCGAGGGAUCAUCGAAGAUCCUGCUUUGCUUCGUUGGACCUAUGCAAGAACAGCAAAUAUCUACCCGAAUUUCAGACCUACUCCUAAGACCUCAUUCUUAGGUGCUGUGUUUGGAAUUGGUCCCCUUUUCUUCUGGUAUUAUGUUUUUAAAACUGAUAGGGACAGGAAAGAAAAACUUAUUCAAGAAGGAAAAUGGGAAAGACCACUGAACAUUACUUACUAAGUCUGUGAAAAAAUAUGAUUGCUAUGUAUUUAAAUCACUGUAUUGUACAUCUUGAAAAAGAUGAAUUCUUGCUUAAAUAAAUUUUAUGAUGCUUAUUAAACAA